UAGGCGUGGCUAUAGUUUUAGGUUUAUCUUUGCCAAAGUUUGCAACAUGGCAUCUGAAGUAGAGAAGGCACAAGGGGCAACUGGUGGUGAGGGUGAUACUAUUUUUGGUAAAAUAUUGAAAGGAGAAAUACCUUGCAAGUUUAUUUAUGAAGAUGAGCAGUGUGUUGCUUUUGAUGAUGUAUCUCCACAAGGUCCGACUCAUUUCUUAGUUAUUCCUCGUAAAGCGAUAUCGAAACUUGAUGAUGUUACUCGUGACGAUGAACAGCUGCUGGGGCACAUGCUACUAGUUGCAAAGAAAGUUGCUAUCGAGAUCAAGAAUUUGGAUAAAGGAUAUCGAGUGGUCAUUAACAAUGGGACAGAAGGAGCUCAAUCUGUCUAUCAUUUACAUAUUCAUGUUAUUGGAGGAAGGCAAAUGGAAUGGCCUCCUGGUUAAAAACAAUAAAGAUUGUAACAAUUGUUUGAUGUACUGAUUUGACUUGAUUUGAUUUGAUUCAUGUUAUCAAUUCCAUUAUGAUUAAUUUGUGGGCGUGGUAA